AUGUACUCCCCGGGGCCCGCAUUCUUUGCUGCGAUAAAGGACGUACCUACUGGGUCGUUGAACACUCCGUUCACCGUGGUGGCAGCUGGAAUGGCGAAAUGGCUGGAUAUUUACAGCGGGGUUCUGAUGGUUAGGGUUUUGCUCAGCUGGUUUCCUAAUAUUCCCUGGGACAGGCAGCCGUUAUCUGCAAAUCGGGACCUAUGCGAUCCGUACUUGAAUCUUUUCAGGAAUAUAAUGCCUCCAAUUUUCGAUACACUUGAUGUUAGCCCACUUCUGGCAUUUGCUGUUUUGGGGACUCUUGGCUCAAUUCUAAAUAGCAGCAGGGGAGCUUACUGA